AUGUUCCAAGCAUUGACUCGCAUAAAGGGUUUCCCAAGACUUCCUAAAUACCCGGUGGCCCUGCCAUUGACUCCAAAAUGGAACUUUCGAGGGUUUCAUCUUGUUCCGGAAAGCUCAUCGUAUUUUACGUCGAACGCGCGUUUUAAUGAAGUUUGUUUGUAUUUGGAAGAUCUCCUAAAGUAUGCUCCGAAAAUAUACGCGGAAGUAACCCCCGAAAUACAAUGGAAAACAUUACGGCAAUAUCAAAACGACUUUUCAGAUCCAAAAACGUCGAGAGUGGGCUAUAGAAGGAUUGUUGAACUUCUUGAUUCUCUGAAUAAGAUUUCUCCAUCUUUUAGAACUGGAUCGAUUCAACAAGUGAUUGAUAGAUUUACUCGUCCUUCUACCCAGGGACUUCAGAAUCAGAGGAAGGUUAUGCCUGACGAAAAAGGCCUAGUUAUGGCAACAGGAAGACGCAAAAGUAGUAAAGCAACAGUGAAGAUUAUUCGUGGGACUGGAGAAGUGUUCGUCAACGGUUUUCCCCUGGCCUCAUACUUUCAACGCCUUGCACAUCGACGACAUGCCCUAUAUCCUUUGGUGGCUACCAACACUCUUACUAAAUACAAUGUUUGGAUGGUCGUCCACGGCGGUGGGCCGACCGGUCAGAGCGGAGCUAUCCAUUCAGCAGUAUCAAAAGCCUUGAAGAUUCACAAUAUUUUCCUAGAAGGUCCUCUUCGUGAAGCCGGUUGCGUCGAAAAUGAUAAGCGAAAGGUGGAACGGAAAAAGACUGGACAACCAAAGGCAAGAAAGAAGUAUACCUGGGUCAAGCGUUAA